GACUUGUUUGCUAGUAAACUUAAAGCGCUGAAAGACUUGUCAUCUUUAUGCUGGUUUCAGAAUUGAGGGCUGUGCAGUUUUAAAGAAGGAUGAAAGGAAGCUGCGGCAAGCAUGGAAAAAGGAGAACGAAAAGAAGCAAAGUAGGGCAAGGCAGAGGCGGCGUGAGAGGGCCAGGAAGAAUUGGCGCAAACUUUACAGGGGCGUGGUUUGGAUCAGAAGAAUGAGGUUGAUGUUCUCCGAGCGCAGCGUCGGCCAUGUGGUACUGUUUAUGAUUUACAUUAACGAAAGUACGGAGGUUUUAGACGAGCCGGAAGCUAGCAGAAACGAAGAGGAGCCAGCCGAUGAUGACCUGGCAUUAGCUUGGCCUCAAACAGAAUUCAGCUUACCUCGAUUAUUUAGCGGCAAUUAGUA